UGCAUGAAGUAACACGGUGUGUGUGAUACUCCUUGGAGUAUUGAACAAUUCAUUAACAACUUGGAUAAAAUCAUAAAAGCCCUACGCUCGAUGUAACGAAAUUGAGACAACUAGAUGGGAGAAUGUGUCAAAAUUACACAAAAGUGAAGACAAUAAGGGUAUAAUAAAUAAUACAUACGAAUUUAGAGAACUAUACAACAUAUUCGAAUAAAACCCUAAUCAACCUCGAAGGAUGAGAAUGAAACCCUAAUUAAUUAACAAAAUCAGUAAGCAUGCAUGAACCAAAAGAAAAUAUCAAUAGUUAGAUAUUCAAAUAUUUUCCACACACACUCCUCUCACUUUACACCCCCACAUCUUCACAUGCCUUAGAAAUACCUUUCACAUUUCUUUAACUAGUGAAAAUUGAUAUUAAUCUAAAUUACGCCACGGUUUGUUUCUUUCCCGUUUGAUAUGAAAAUAUUUUGGAGCCAAACCAGAUGAUGACCCAAGCUGUUGCUUUCGAGUCUCUGCAUUCUAUCAAAUUCUACAAGAAGUUAAAUUAUUUGUGUCAUCUUAAUGCACAACAAGUGGUUACCCCUAGCAAACACGAAAAUUCAUAUUCAGACAACAAACACAUCAUAAUCUCCAUCUCUCCAUCUCUCUAUGUUACAUAUUUAUAGUUUUAUACACACGCAUGUGAGUGUGCAUAACUUCGUGUAUAUAUACCUUUUUAAUUUCCGUAUAUUCAUAUUUUAUAUUUAUGAAAAAAGAUCCCACUCCCAAUAAUCUUCAAUAAAUACCCCCAACCACAAUUCCAUGAGCCCUCUCACACUUACCCUUCAUUGUGAAAAACAAAAAAGGAAACAUCAAGCAAAUACCCAUCUCAUUUCCGAAGAAAUUGAAGAGAAUGGCGAUGAAAAAGGCAAACAAGCUGACACAAACGGCGAUGAUCAAGCAAAUCUUGAAGAGAUGCUCGAGCUUGGGGAAGAAACACAGUAAUGUGUACAGCGAAGAUGAGAACGGACAUCCUCUUGACGUACCUAAAGGACAUUUUGUCGUCUACGUUGGAGAGAAUCGGGUCAGGUACGUUGUACCCAUUUCGUUUUUGACCCGGCCCGAGUUUCAGCUUCUUCUCCAACAAGCAGAGGAAGAGUUUGGUUUUGACCACGACAUGGGUCUCACUAUCCCUUGUGAUGAAGCCGUUUUCAGAUCUCUCACCUCCAUGCUCGGAUGAACAUAUCUUUUAGAGUUUUGCUUUUUUUUUUUUAAGUUAUAUAUUUGAGAUGGUUUUAUUAGGAUGAGAACAGUGGAAGUUGCUGAGCAAAUGCUUCUCUGUUUUAGCAAACUAUUUUUUUUACAUGUUUUGCCUAAUAUGGGUUUAGUGUUGUAUUAGAGUGAGACCUAACCCUUAGAGAAAGAGAUGCUCGUGAAGAUCACUCUCAUGGUGGUGUAUUGUUGAAUGUGUACCCUGUGAGGAAUAUUUUGAUAUUUGAUGAAUGAGACUUUUAGUAUUAUCAGCUUAGGUUCAA